AUGCAGCCGUCAUCAACGUGGCGGGGCACACCGGUGAGGCCGCGCGGGUCGGGGACAGACUGUCCCUUCCUCUGUUGCACUCUUCUUCGCCCCAUCGUGAGUCGCCCCGCAACGAAGGGUACCAAACCAUCGUCGCGAGCCCGGAGCUCUGGCGGCCGCGCGAUCCGUCACCGGUUCCCAGCUAUAGCUCCGCUUCGAGUGGCGCUGCGGCCGAAGAUGAUGCCAUGCUGGAUGUCGAUCUGCCUAACCUCGGCGGCGAUAGCGUCGACGGUGAUGAGCAGAUCCUCUCGACCGACGACACGACAGCCCCGAGGAGCUCCAGGUAUCCAUCGACUUGGCACACAGGAGCCUGGAGAUGCUGUCGGGCCGGCAGCCGGUUGA